GGGACGGAGCGGGUGCGGUUCCUGGACCGAUACUUCUAUAACCAGGAGGAGUAUGUGCGCUUCGACAGCGACGUGGGGGAGUUCCGGGCGGUGACGGAGCUGGGGCGGCCUAGCGCAGAGUACUGGAACAGCCAGAAGGACAUCCUGGAGGACGCGCGGGGCCAGGUGGACAACUACUGCAGACACAACUACGGGGUUGGUGAGAGCUUCACAGUGCAGCGGAGAGGUGAGCGCGGCGGGCGGGGCCUCCCUGUGAGCUGUCAAUCAGAGAGAGAGAGAGAGAGAGAGAGAGAGAGAGAGAGAGAGAGAGAGAAACUGAGAGAGACCGAGAGACAGAGAGACACUGAGAGAA